GUGCUUUCUGUUCCUUUCCUCUUGUUUCUAUUCCAGAAGAGAAUGGAAGCUUUUGAGAGGAGCAAAUACGGAGCUCUCAGUGAAGGCAGCAGAGCAGGUGCCGGCUUUGACGCUUCAUCCUCCUUGAGGAUCGUCCUGGUAGGCAAAUCGGGCAGCGGGAAAAGCGCCACUGGGAACAGCAUCCUCUGCCGGCCAGCGUUCGAGUCCCACGUGGGGGCCCAGUGCGUGACCAGGCAGUGCCAGGAGGCCAGGGGCACUUGGGAAGGGAGGAGCAUCCUGGUGGUGGACACAGCCCCCAUCUUCGACGCCGCGCCCCCCACCCAAGACCUGUACAAAGACAUCGGGGACUGCUACCUACUCUCUGUCCCCGGGCCCCACGUGCUGCUGCUGGUCACUCAGCUGGGCCGCUUCACCGCCCACGACGCCGAGGCCGCCAGGAGGGUGAAGGAGGUCUUUGGGCCACAAGCCAUGAGACAUGUGAUCGUCCUCUUCACCCACAAGGAGGACCUGGCCGGCGAGCCCCUGGCCCGGUACCUGGCUAGCGUGAAGGACACGGGGCUGCACGGACUCCUGCGGGAGUGCGGGAGGAGGUUCUGCGGCUUCAACAACCGGGCCACGGGUGCCGAGCAGCGCCAGCAGCUGGCCGAGCUCAUGGGCCAGGUGCAGAGCCUGGAGAGGGAGCUGCAGGGCGGCUUCCUGAGCUCAGAGCUGUCCCGGGAGGCGCAGCUGCUGCUGCAGCAGCAGCAGAGCACGAGGUCCGAGUGCGCGGAGCAGCGCGCGCGCUACCUGGGCCUGGUGCAGCGCGAGGUGGAGAAGCAGCGGCGGGCGGUGGCCACGACCCAGGGACGGUGCCAGGGGGACCGGCUGUGCAGAAUCAAGAGCUGGUUGGCGUCUCACGUCUGGAUUGCUAUCCUUCUUAUUUGCAUUUUAAUUUUUCUGAUUAUUUUCAUCGACUUUGGUAUCCCUCGUGGGCACUGAGCAGUUUUAGAACGGCAGCCGCUUUCUUGCUCAGAACUGUGGUCUCUGCUUGCAGGCCCUGAAU